AUGGCUACUUGCCGUUAUGCACGUCACAAAGAUAGUCAAGACGUGUUUUGUCUCGAUGGUUUUAUAGAACCAGAUGAUGAACCUGAAGAUAACCAAUCAAUACAUUAUUUUUUCAAUAUUGCUUACUUAAAUGAUUCACAACUGCCACCUAAAGUUGAUCUUCGUCCACUAAUGACACCUGUCGAAAACCAAGCGAAGCUUCCAAGUUGUGUACCGAAUGCUUGUGCAGGAGCUUACGAAUAUUUAUAUAAAAGAAAUACUGGUAAUAAUUUUGAUGUAAGUCGAUUAUUUAUAUUCUACAAUGCUCGAAAGGAAAAACAAGGAUCAGAUGGAAAACUCGAAGUUGCUGGUGUAAGAAUACCAUAUGCUAUUGAAGCACUAAAAAAAUUUGGUACUUGUGACGAAUCACUUUGGCCAUACGAUUCUAAAAAAGUAAAUAAACGUCCUCCUGAUGAAGCAUUCGAAGCAGCGAAAAACUAUACAAUAUUAGAUGAAUUGAAAGUUAACGUAGACUUAACUGAAAUGAAAAAGUGUCUUGCAGAAGGACAUCCAUUUAUAUUUGGUAUACGAACAUUUCAAUUAGACAAGAGAGCGAAAAAAAAUGGUAUUGUACCAAUGCCAAAACCAGGAGACGUGUCGUCAGGAAUGCAUAGCAGACAUGCAAUGUUAGCUGUAGGAUAUAGUGAUCGUUCACAAGCAUUUAUCGUUCGAAAUUCUUGGGGAGAAAACUGGGGAGAUAAGGGAUAUUGUUAUAUUCCAUAUGAUUAUAUGACUGAUCCAAACCUCUGUCGAGACGUUUGGAUUAUUCGUCAAGUGGAUAAUGAAAGUUUUGGAGAUGAAUAUUGGGAUAAUGAUGAUUUAACUAAUCAUUACGAACAUAAUGACGAUGAUGUAGAGUUCGAUGAGGAUGAUAUUGAACUGAUAGAAUUAGAAUUAGAACUCGAAGAAGAAGAAGAAGAAAAAGAAGAGAAAUACGUCAAGAGGAUUAACAAUAAUACUUCAAGUGUAACGUCACACUAA